AAUUUAUGGGUUUUUCCUGUCUGGUUAUUAAUUAUUAUUAUAAAUUUGGAUGCAAAAUAUUACGAGUUGACAAAUGUUUAUAAAUUGGUAGCUGUAGCUGUUUUUCUGGUUCUAUCAAUAUUUGAAAUUUUGAAAUUAUACUUGGGAUAUCUUGGAAACCUUGGUGGAAAGAUUCCAGAAUUAGCCAGUUGUUGGCUAAUUUCAAUACUAAUACAAUUUCCCCUGGAGAUGUUCCUACUUUGUGAUCAUGGGAUGUUGCCUAAUUCAACUGAAAUCUUUAUCAAUUCUUUUAUGGUUUGUCUUCUGCUGAUUGAAAUCAUUACAGGCGUGAUAGCUUUAAAGAAUUUAGCAGAUCAUCGUGCCAAAGUAUUUUAUUUGACACAAUUGUACAGUACACAAACAUGAAAUUUUUUAGCAAAUGUAAGGGAAUUAUAAUUACUUUA